AUGAAUGAAGUAUUUGGAGAGUAUGUUGGGUUGAUCGAUACGAGACCCAUUGAACAUCUGGGUAGUGCUGAUUUGUCAUUUGAUGGACAACUGUCGCCGGCAAUGAAGAUCUAUGAAGAUGGUGGAGCAUCAGGUUGUGGUGGGAAGGUGUGGAUAGCUGGUGAAUUGUUGUGUGAGUAUCUUAUUGAAAAAUCAGAUUCUGAGAACCUGCUUUGUGAUGGAUCCAUCAAAAACAUCUUGGAGUUAGGUAGUGGAACUGGUCUUGUCGGUAUAUGUGUUGGGUUGAUGGAGAAACAACGGUUUCACAAAGAUAUCAAGGUUAGUAUAACUGAUAUUGGCGGCCUAGUACCGUUAAUGGAAAGAAACAUUUUAUUGAAUAAGAUAGCCGACGCUACUGUGGCAAAAGAACUAAUGUGGGGGCAACAAUUGCCGUCUGAGUAUAUGACAACCUCUGUGGAUGGUAAUUGUGACAAUGUUUCAAACGUUGAUCUUGUCGUUGCGGCAGAUUGUGUCUACGCAGAGAAAGCAUUUCCGCUAUUAGAGAAGAUAUUAUUGGAUCUGACGAAUUGUGAUAAUCCACCAAUUAUCCUAAUGGCUUACAGAAAACGUAGAAAAGCAGAUAAACGGUUCUUUGUCAGGAUUAGAAAGAAUUUCGAUGUCAUUGAAAUUGACGAUUUCUCUAGCCAUGAAAAGUAUAUGAAACAAAGGACACACUUAUUUGAACUGAAACGUAAGUGA